AUGGAAAUGGUUAAGACGUUAAGUUUACUAAUUCUAGUAAACAUAUUUUGUCAGGGAUCUAGAGAUGAUUACCUCAAGAUCGGUGUCCCUUUAUACGAAGCUUCGGUUAAGUGUGAUUGGGAUGCUGCUAAAGUCAUUCUUAAAAAGAGACCUGAGCUUGUAAGGUUUAGCAUCACUGAAAAUGGGGAAACUGCACUUCAUGUUGCUGCAUCUGCAAAAGGUCCUAAACAUAUGGAAGAGUUUGUGAAACAUCUGGUGGGUUUGAUGAAUCCAGAAGACUUGACUCUUGAAAAUGCAAAUUCCAACACUGCCCUCUAUUUGGCAGCUGCUGCUGGAAACCUUGAAACGGUUAAAAUUAUGGUAAAACAGAACAAGGUCUUGCUAACAAUCCCUGGUGCUGGACGACAAAUGUUACCACUCUAUGCGGCUGCCUUGUUUGGAAACUAUGAAGUGGUCAAGUAUCUUUUUUUAAUGUCCAAUAACUUGGGUGAUGAAGAGGGUUGGACGCCUCAGAAUCGUGGUUGGCUUGUUGACAAGUGUGCCGAGAAUGACAUGUUUGAGAUUGCAUUACAGAUAGUGGAACGUUAUCCAGAAGUUGGUAGGAAUAGUAACGUGCUUCAAAUUUUGGCCGGAAAGCCUGAAGCAUUUCCUGAAACGAAAUCAAAUAUCUUUGGGAGAACCAUAAAGCCAGUUUGGACAUUCAUCCGUUCAAAGCUGCUGGGAAUAUUAUGUGAAAAGGAAAAGAAUGCAUUACCAUUACUAAAAGCCGUAUGGAAUGACAUUGUAAAACUUCCCAAGAAGGAUAUUGAUAGGAUACUCAGAGGGCCACCAGACUCCAUUAAGCAAGACAAGUCGGCUUCGGGAAGGGAUAUUCAAGCUAUACAACUACAAAAUCUCAUUUCUAAACAUGUUGCUGAAAUGCUUGCUAUUUCCACAAAUCCACUCAGAGUGUUGUCGGCUUCGAUAAAGCAAGAUACCAAGCCAGGUUCUGGAAAGGAGAUUGAUCAAGCUCUGGAACUGCAAAAUCUCAUUUCUGAACAGCUUGUAAGCUUGCAUGUUCACACCCAGAACAUAAUCAAAGAGACCCCAGAUUCAUUAUCCCCCGAACUAGAAAAGCUCAUUUUAGAACAUAUUGUUAAAGUAAAUGAGAACACUCGGAAGAUUAUCAAGACACCUCCGAAGGAAAAUCAAGCUCAAAUUCUACGAAAAGCCAUUUACAAACAAGCUUGCAAAAUGGAUGAAGAAAAAAAGAGAAUAAUCAACACGGAUGCGCAUUCUAAUCGGGUAUUGUUUAUUGCUGCAGAAAAGGGAAAUACCAACUUUUUAGUUGAGCUUAUCCGUCUAUAUCCCGAUCUGAUAUGGAAGGUAAAUGAUGAAGGCUUAAGUAUAUUUCACAUUGCUGUCAAAAAUCGUCAUGAGGGUAUAUACAACCUGUUGUACGAGAUAGGCUCAAUGAAAGAUAUGAUAACUCCUCUCAAAGAUUCACAUGAUAACAAUAUGUUGCACUUAGUUGGGACAAGUGCGGAGGAUCUCGAUGAUACAUCAGGAGUUGCAUUGCGGAUGCAACGAGAGUUAUUAUGGUUCCGGGAAGUGAAGCAAAUGAUCCCUCCUUCUUAUAGAGAAAAGCAAAAUAAAGAUGGUCUCACGCCACAUGAGUUAUUCACAACCAAACACAAAGAUCUAGUCGCACAGAGUGGCCAGUGGAUGAAAGAUACCGCUAGUCAAUGUAUGGUUGUUGCAGCACUCAUUGCAACAAUAGUAUUUGCUGCAGCUUUUACAAUUCCGGGUGGAUAUGACGGGGACAGCGGUCUGCCUAUGUUUCAGUCAAAAGCAACCCUUAUCGUUUUUGUGGUCGCAGAUGCCAUUUCUCUAUUCUCCUCUUCAGCUUCAAUUCUCGUAUUCUUAGCUAUCCUCACAUCUCGUUAUGCUGAACGUGAUUUCUUGGAAUCAUUACCCAAAAAGCUAAUGUUCGGUUUAGUAACUCUUUUCCUGUCCAUAGCGACCAUGACAGUUGUUUUUGCGGUCAGCUUCUUCGUUCUUUACCAUAAGGGUUUGUUAUGGAUUCCAAUCCUAAUCGGUGUAAUUGCUGUGAUUCCAGUCCUCCUAUAUGUUAGGCUGCAAUAUUCUUUGUUUGUCGAUGUAAUUCGGGCUUCUUAUGGCUCUAAGUACAUCUUUAAGCCCACGAAACAUGUUCUGUAUCUGUACUAUGAAACCCCCAAAGUGUAACCACUGUCUGUCUGAUUGCAGACCCAUUUCUGUUUCAUAUGUCAUAUGUUACAUUUUUUUUACAUUACAUGUAAACAAUUAUAUAUUACAAAGAUGAGUAUGUUUUGCUAA